UACCGGCACCGAAUCGAAGCUCGAGCGAGCGGGUCGUGGCACUCAGUCUGACGGAAAGUUCAGUUGGAUCAAAAGAACAGGGACGUUUCGAAUUAUACGAGUAAGAUAAAGGUAUUGGUAGAAAUCAUCGCCAAACUCGAUCAAGAAAUGGACGAAUUGGCAGACAUUCGUGAAUACGAGACUGAGGAAUUUGAAAAUCUGUUCUACUUGUGUUGCACCGAACUUGACGAGAUACAAGACGAGAUCAAAGUUGUCAAGGAAAAUCAAAAGCAUUUACAGUCCACACAGAAGGUGAUUAUAUCGACCUGUGAUUCCUCUGAAAAGUCUUACGAUAACGAAUAUAUUUGCUCGUCAUUGAAAAAAGAGAUACGGAAGUUGCGAGUGGAAAUUAUAUUGAAGAAUAAAAAAAUUCGGACGUUGGAGCAUCAAAUACAUAGCAGAAAUGUCCUUCAUAAUAUUUGUAAAAGGCGAUUACAGCAACUAUUGAAGGCACACAGCUAUAAAAUUAGCAAGAUAAAAGCGGAAAUUGAGCAAAUACAGAUGGCUAUAUUGUGUACAAAGGCGAAAGAAUGUGAGGACGAGAUGAUUCACGAAAUUGAAGAAGAAGAAUCAGAUCAUGAGGAAUGUAAUUCGAUUUUACCUAAAAAGGAAAUCAAGGAAGAGAUACAGGAAAUUAGAAAUAAGUUGCUGCUUUCCUUAAAUGAUCUACGGGAACAUGCCAUAUAGUAAUCAAAUUAUUAUC